AUGUCGGUUCAUGGUUCUCCUGACUUUGUCUUUCCUUUCAAAUUGAAACGUCUGAAAGCAGUAAUGAAAGAGUGGAAUCUGUCAGUUUUUGGCAAUGAGACGCGUCUUCAGCAUAAUAUGUUGCUCAAACAAAAAUCCAGGAAUACUUGGCUUGUGGAGGGAGCAAGUAAUACUGUUUUCUUUCAUAAUAACAUUCGUAUUCGUCAAGGUAAUAAUACUAUUUCUGAACUUGUUGAUGAGAAUGGUAAUACUAUUACUAAUGUUGAUGAGUUACGUGACUAUGUGGUACAAUUUUAUGAGAAUAAAUUCAAUGGUGAAGACUUACCUAUUGAACCUCAGUUGUUUGACUAUGGUCACCCUAGUAUCUCAACUGUUGAAAUUUCUCAAAUAGACGCUAUUCCUUCUCCUGAAAAGAUUAAAGAUGCAGUUUUUAACUUGAAUGUUGAUGGUGCUCCGAGUCCGGAUGGUUUUUCGGGUUGUUUCUAUGGACAUUGUAGGGAGAUCAUUGCUGACGACUUGAUUAAUGCUAUAGUUUACUAUUGGCUUUUGAAGCGCAUCCCUAAUGGUGUUAACUCUAGCUUUAUUACUCUCCUUGCCAAGGUAAGAGGAGCUAAUACUCUUCGUAACUUCAGACCAAUAGGUCUUAGUGAUGUUUUCUUUAAAGUUUUUACUAAGUUUCUAGCUACUAGACUUGGUAAGGUUUUGGAUAACUUGGUUUCUGAAGAACAUGUAGCUUUUAUGAAGGGUCGUAAUAUACAUGAAAAUAUUAGUGUCUCUUCUGAGAUGGUUAAUGAACUUCAUAUCAAAUGGAAGGAUGGAAACAUUGGUCUGAAACUUGAUAUUACUCAAGCUUUUGAUACCGUUAGUUAG